AUGCGGGGCACGAGCUGCGUGGGCGGCGGUGGCGAGAGCCCCGGCGGCGCCGGCUUGAGCGAGGGGCCGCGGGGCCGCUGGCUGCGCCUGGCUCCGGUCUGCGCCUACUUCCUCUGCGUCUCGCUGGCCGCCGUGCUGCUCGCCGUCUACUACGGCCUCAUCAGUGGUGGCGGCAGUGGUCGCCGGGCACCAUCUAGUUCUUCUGGUCUCAAGGUCAUCGAGGCCGGGGAUCCUGUGGUCUCGCCCAUGGCUCUCUGA